AUUGUUGAAAGCUGAGACGCUCCGAGUUGCCCUCUGCUAGACUACACAGGCACAUGAGCGUACACAAACACACCCCUUUAAAAGCGCGCGCGUAAACACACACACACACGCAUACGCACACGGGGUCCCUCUCUAAGCUCAAAAGCAGGAAAAAUUGCGCCACUCUUGGAGCGUCUUUCAAGGGGGAAAAAGUUGAGGAAGACAGAAGAGGACGAACCAAGAGGAGACUCGAAUGAAAGCGCCUCCUUCGCAGUUUCUCCUCACUGUAAAUAGAUGGUUAUUUAUGCGCAUAAAUGAAACAAUCCUAAAGGUAGUGUUGCGUCUCUUUUUGGAUACAUAGCGGGAGAGCACAUGCUACGCUCUGGUUUUCCCCGGACAGAAACGUAAACUUCAGUGCUACUGGAUCUUGAAGUUGCCCGGUUUUUCGCUGUAGACAGAACUACUGGUGUCUCAGUGCGUUUGGACGGUGGAAUUUAUCUCAUCUCUGUAGAAUAAAACGCCGACGGCCGGGAAAAGCAACCUCCCCACCGGUGUCUACAACUGAAGCUGUUUCUUUGAAUUAUCAGAAUGGACUCCCACUGCCGUAAACUGGUCACCACCUGCGCACAAAUAGAAAAGGAGAAGAUACAAAAUAAAAAUGAAGACUCCUCAGAUGACCCUUCCAAAAAGAAGCGACAGCGGCGGCAGAGGACUCACUUCACCAGCCAGCAGCUGCAGGAACUGGAGGCCACUUUCCAGCGGAAUCGCUAUCCGGACAUGAGCACAAGGGAGGAGAUAGCCGUGUGGACCAACCUUACAGAGGCCCGAGUCAGGGUGUGGUUCAAGAAUCGGCGAGCCAAGUGGAGGAAGCGGGAAAGAAACCAGCAAGCAGAGCUUUGCAAAAACGGCUUCGGCCCGCAGUUCAAUGGACUCAUGCAGCCCUACGAUGACAUGUACCCUAGCUACACAUACAACAACUGGGCUGCCAAGGGCCUCACAUCUGCCUCUUUAUCCACAAAAAGCUUCCCCUUCUUCAACUCCAUGAAUGUCAACCCCUUAUCCUCGCAAACCAUGUUCUCACCGCCCAACUCCAUAUCCUCUAUGACUUCCAGCAUGGUGCCAUCGGCGGUCACCGGCGUACCGGGCUCCAGUCUCAACAGCCUCAAUAACUUGAAUAACCUCAGUAACCCGUCUCUCAAUUCGGGGGUGCCCACGCCGGCGUGUCCCUACGCCCCUCCGACCCCUCCUUAUGUGUACAGGGACACUUGUAACUCCAGCCUGGCCAGCCUGAGACUGAAAGCCAAGCAGCACUCGAGUUUUGGAUACGCCAGUGUGCAGAAUCCGGCCACUAAUCUGAGUGCUUGCCAAUAUGCCGUGGACAGGCCAGUCUAAUACCUACCUGCACUGCAAAAAAUAAUCAUCUUAGCAAGAUAUAAGAGGCUAGUAGGGACACUUAAAGUUACAUUUUUCUCUAAAGACAGUGGGCAUCUCUGGUGGUGCGAUUGUUUUAGACUUUUGUUGCGUGUUUCAAGAUUUUGUUUUUUAAUUUUUUGGCGAUUUUUGCCAGUUGGAAUGUUAUUUGCAGUAUUCCGACCCUUUUCCUUAAUACACUGCCACUUGCUCCGGUAAAAAUCUAAAAUCUAAUAGGAAACAUGUGGGAUUAUCCCAUCGCAUCACAUUCAUUUUCUUUCUUUUGAAGGGGCAGAUGUGAUUUGAGGGUGAUUACAAUCCCAGAUAGCUUGCUAUGGUGGUCAUUUUUUGCAGUGUGUGGGUAAUCACAAACAGCCGGCCACAGGAACAAGAGACUACUACAAGUACUUUUUCAUUUUUCAAAAAGGGCACUAGAAGACUGAACCACUGAAACAAGCUCAACUACAGGUCGGAGUCAAACUGAAAUGGGACUUCUUAGGUUUGUUCCCCUUUUGAUGAGUUCAGGCCUGCUUCACACUGCGCCUCAGCGGAAAAGAAAAAAGAAAUAAACGGAGAAAAAAAGAAAAGAAAAAAAAAGGCCUGUUUUAUUUUUCAUAACUCCUCAUAAGGGUUUUCUGGUGGAUUUUUGGACGGUACCUGUUGACUGAAAAGGUUGUAUAUAUAUUUGAAUUAUCAUCUCCUGUUUGUCGAGGCGAAUGCGCUAUAACCCCACGUCCUCUCCAGGUUCAAUUUAUCAACGCAUGUGGAAAAAAAUCUCUAAAAAGGAAUCAUGUUUUGCUUGCAAACAAAAGGGAAUGUACAUACUAAAACGCACCAGUUGUGUGUUUCUAACAUAUUAUAAAUUUAUUAUUAAUGUCUGUGUGAAUAUCGAUUUAGAAUAGCAAUUCUGGAUUUAAAAAAAAAAAAAAAAGUUCAAAUCAAAAAUGUUCCUGCGACAAAAUUAUUUGGUUUUUUGCUCUGUGUAUACUAUUUGGUACGGAACUAUGUUUUUUUUUCCAACAUUCAAAAAACUAUUGUGUUUUAUUUAAUGGAAGUAAAUAUAUUGUUCAAAAACAUCAUGCUGGGGGACUUUUAUUGAAUCUUUGUGCUAGUAGUCUGAUAGUGGAGUGUAAAGCAAUGACAGUCUGUCUAUAGCCUUUCGAUUAUGUGAGGUACUUGUGCGGCUAAUCUAUAGAGGAAAACAAUGGGCCGCUCCAAUACACAUAACUCCGAGAUGCUCCGUCAGAUUAACUGCUGAAUACAUGUCUGCCUGCCCAGCCAAGAGCUUCGGCUGGUCACUGGUGCUUGAAAUAACACGGGAAUCCACAAAAAGGCAUUGGACCACACAACAAUGACAACAGUCCAUUAGAGGUUGUUUUUUGCUCCCCGUGUUUGAUCUCAGAAGAAACGGUAGUUCUCUGAAGUGGCUUAUUAGAAAACGUGAAGUACAGCCCGUGAUCUGAUUCACAUCAUUCUUUAAUAUGGAUUUUACGAGAUAUGUUUGAAUUUAUCACCGAGUCAUUUAUCAAUCAGCAAUGUUUUAACAAAAUCGUGUUUAGAGUUACAUAUUCUAAAUCCAGCCUUACUCCUUUUUUUCUGCGCCCAUAACUAAUCCUUUCUAAUUGUGCAUCCCACCUGAUUUAUACGUGUAUAUAUUUGCCUUUCUAGUAUUUGCUUUUGUAACAUUGCGCUUUUUUGAGGUAUGCUUUUCGUUGUGCAAACGCGACGAAGCAAAACAAACCGUGAUUCGCAAGCUUAAGCAAACAAGAGCACACAGAGAUACAGAGGUAUGUGGGCCGGUGCUGCCUGGAGGAGGCGGGGGAUGUGUGCAACUUCAUGGCUGCAGCCAGAGCGGAGACAACGGGGAGGAAACACCGCGACACUUACCCACACAACAAGCCAAAUAAAUAAUCCGAGCCCGGGCAGCCUGUAUUUGUUCCUAGUGUCGCCCAUAAAAGUUGAUAGCCGUAUUUAAAAAAUCAUUAUAUAAAUGGGCCGAUAUGACACUGCUUCACAAUAACAUUCAAGAGUGGGUUAAAAGAACAAAAGACAUGUAGACGAAAAAGCCGAUAAAGAAAUUAAUGUCAAGUUGGAUGAUGACUCAAGUCAUCUUUUAUGAGAGGGUGUUAACUAUUAUGAGAAAAAAUAAAUCACGGUCCAAAUUUGGGGGUUUUUUUGCAAAAGCGCCAAAUAACAAACACGAGAUAAGUGUUCUUCUAUUUUUACAUUUUGAGUUGAAGUGGCCGUCCAGCGGCUUGAACUCCACACCCUCCGCAAUUAAAUUUUCCUCUCAAAAGCUGCAAGUGUCACCUUUUGAUGGAGUUGGUAACGCGGAGCAAUAAUCAGCUGACAGGGGAUAAGCCUAGGCGAAUACACAAGUCUGCAGCCUCAAUACACAUCCACACAAUCAACAUGUGAACAGAGGGUGACCUGAAGAGAAGAGGCUUGAGUGGGAAAUUGUUCAUUUGGCUGACACGGCGCUCAGGAGUGCUUCCCUCUUCUCUUCUGUGAGCCUCUGCAAGGUAAGAGCUUAUUAAAGUUUAAUGAAUGCAACAUAUGUGACUUUAAGCUGCUGCGUCUGCGCUUUUUCUGACGUGUUAUUUUAUACAUUUUCUGCAAAAUUACAUCUAAAAAAAGCCUUUUGUUUGCAUCGUGACUGAAUCUGCUCAUAUUUAAGUGAAAUAAAAAUUGUAAAUUCA